AACAUACGUCAUCACCGGGCGACAACAGGAAAGUAAACAAGUUUGAAACUGCAGGUAUCAUUCUCCGUCUUUUAAAAAAAGAGUAAGUUAUCGGAGAUCAGAUAUGCCCAAAGUGGUAUCUCGGAGUGUGGUGUGCUCGGACACUCGUGACAGGGAGGAGUAUGAUGACGGGGAGAAACCUCUGCACGUGUAUUACUGUCUGUGCGGCCAGAUGGUUCUAGUUCUGGAGUGUCAGAUAGAGAAAUUACCCAUGAGACCAAGGGACAGGGCCCGAAUGAUUGAUUCAGCAAAACACGCCCACAAAUUCUGCAACAUGGGGGAAGAUGAGACUGUGUAUUUAAAAAGGUCAGAGGGCAUCGAAAGGCAAUUUCGAAAAAAAUGUGGAAAAUGUGGUCUGUUCUUGUUCUACCAGCAUCAGAUGAAGAGCACUCCAGCAACGUUCAUUGUGGAUGGAGCUCUGGUGAAGUUCGGCCAGGGAUUUGGCAACACGAGCGUAUACAGUCAAAAACAAGAGACACCUAAGAAAGUCAGAGUUAUGAUGACAAGGCGCACCAAAGAUAUGGGCAAGUUCAGCUCUGUUACUGUCUCAACGAUCGAUGAAGAAGAGGAGGAGAUUGAAGCGCGGGAAGUGGCAGAUUCUUAUGCCCAGAAUGCCAAAGUGAUUGAGAAACAGUUGGAGAGAAAAGGAAUGAGCAAGAGGAGACUACAGGAACUAGCGGAACUUGAAGCUAAGAAAGCCAAGAUGAAGGGAACACUCAUUGACAACCAAUUCAAAUGAAGAUUGUGUGUAUGGCAGAGAGCAAAUGGGUGUUCUGCUUCAAAGAGAGUGUGUGUAUAUUUGCACAAUAGCUAGCUUUUUUUUUUUUUAAAGACAGAUUUUGUUUAAAUGUUUGAAUGGUUCAACUGUUUUUCCAUACUAUUCUUCAUUAAAUUAAAAACAGAUGAAUGGCAUUUUGUCUUCUAUCAGAAAUGUUUUUUUUUUGUUAUGUCAUAAAUGCAGAUGUGCAUGAUUCCUUCUCCUCACAAUGAGUUUGUGUUAUGUUGGUUUCUCACACUGAUUGACUGCAUGCAACUGUCCAUAAUUCCAACUGUGCUGUAAUUUCAAGGCUGCUGUGUUUGCUAUAUCCUUGCUACAGUGUUUGUUGGCAACUGUUCUUCAACCCAGCAUGUGUCUUGCUCACAUAUAGUACACACAUGCAGUCGUUUUCAGUUUUGUGGGAAAGACCGAUCACGCAAAUCACUGAACGUGUCAUUACAAUGUGGCCAUGUGGAGAGAACCUCAGAAGAGUGAUGAUGUGCACCUGCAAAAAGACAUAUGUUUGGGCCAGUGUUUCUCAGUCAUGUGCAGAGGUCUGUGAUUCAUAACCAGAUUCAGGAUCAUUGAACAGUACAUGAUCAUUAUGCAACACCUGCACAAACCCCUAGUGUGGCAUUCUACCUGCACAGUUGCAGUUAAUCACCCCUUAUGCAGGUCAGACAUCAUACCAGACCAUCUUUAAUGGACCAAUGGAGGGCUCAGCUGCUGCUGACAUUUGACAGGAUAAGGAUAGUAUUUUUUUUUUUUUUUUUAAUCAAAUGACUAAAAAAGAACUGAAAUGCUUUUUUUUUUUUUCUUUAUUACAUCAUAUGUGCAUUCUCUUCCUCUCUGGAUUUAUUCAGUGUAGCAAUAAUACAAUAACAUCAGCUCGAAUUACACUUCACAUAGGCCUACACUACUUGACCCAAAUGUGGAAAACUGAACACCGCACCCAUAUGUAUUGCUGAAUAUUAAAUUCCAAAACCAUGGACAUUAAAAGGGGUUUGGAUCUCCCUUUGCUGCUAUACCAGAUUCCACUUUUCUUGGAAGGCUUUCUGCUGGAUGUUAGAGCAUGGCUGUGGUUUUGCUCUCAUUCAGUAUCAUGUCAGAAGUCUACUGAUGUUGGGUGAUGGGGCCUAGCUUGCAGUCACCGUACUAAUUCAUCCCAAAGGUGUUCAGUGGGAUUCAUGUCCAGGCCAGUCAAGUUCAUCCUUACCAGACUUUUUUUUAUGGACCUCGCUUUGUGCACAAGGGCUUUGUCCUGAUGGAGCAGAAAAGGCCCCAUUUUAAAAAUCUUUAAAGAGAUUGCAUGCCUGUAUCCUUGAUAUUUAAGCACCUAUUAGAACUGGGUGUAGCUGAAAUAGUUGUCAAUAAGGUUGUGUCCACAUACCUUUAUCCAUAUAGUGUAUUAUAAAUGGAAUCAAAAACCGAUGCUAAUUUAAAAAAAUUAAAAAUUCUCUCCAGUAAUCAGAGAUGCACACAGAUGCAUCCAGGUUGUAUUUGGGUGAAAGAAAGGUCCUUUGUUAGAGUCAUUCUUUGGCAUAAUGACUUCAAUUAGGCAGGCCCACCGUGAAUCCCUCACUGGAGAAUAAAUUGUUCGUUUUAGGGUAACUGUGAGAAAAAUUAAUUCACGUCCGUACAGAGAUGUUUCUAAAAUGUUCAGAAAUUGUUGGUAACAACAGAAAAUAGCCAGUUCUAUUUUCUCAAUUUCCCUAUUUUUCUUGAGUGUUUCUGGUUGUGAAGAGAUUCUCAACCACUUCAUACUUAAUGUUUGUUCUUUAUGUUUGCCAUGAUAUCAUAUGAUUUAAAUUUAGUUUAAUAGGCCUCGAAUACUUUAUUUGGACCUUUUAACUUGGAAAAUUUGGUUUAAACUGAAUUUAGUUCACAGACAAAUCUAAAAGGAAUCAGUUUCAAUUUAAGAGAGUAUGUGCAUGCUUGUGCUCUGGUAGUCAACAAUAAAUAUAUAAAAAAUUCCAAGCAGUAACACAGUGGGGCUUGCAGCAUGAAUAUAAAAUAUCCUCCCUGUAGGAUUGUACUAGAGGUGUGUGUGGGUAAAGGUUAAUGUGUGAUAACUGUAAUCAGUUUAAUAGGUGCCUAGCAUAGAACCAGUAACAAAUUAAAAGACUGCAAUAAUAAUAAUACCACAAGCAUAAUGUAUGUGUUUGUGUACAAGUCUGGAACUCUGCUGCUAGUCACUUUGAUUAAAUGUUGGGACAGACUGUUGAAAGACUGGUGUCUCAUUUUCUGCCCCUCAUUUGUUUAAUGAGUCCGACACAUGGCUCCUCAAGUCACACUCAGACACUUCAGUGAGCUCCACAUCAAACUGCAGAGCACAGAUCGGUCCAGCCCAUCUCUCUUCAUGGGUUCGGGUAAAGAGAGCUGCCAAGAUGUAGGCCGCAGGAGACUGAGAACUACAAUCUUGUGACAUUUAAUUGAUUAAUAAACAUAAACUCCUGCUGUCCAAUUAUGCCACUCAAAGUUAAAUGUAAAGGUAAAAUGCGUGUUUUAUGCUCUUGUACAUAUCAGUAUAUUUCUUUAAUCCCAAGAUUAUAUAUAUAUAUAUAUAUAUAUAUAUAUAUAUAUAUAUAUAUAUAUAUAUACACACACACUCUAUAAAGCGCUCACACACACAUACUCAAGAAAUGCCACUAAAUGAUUUAUAAAAAGUAAACAUUGCCUACCUAUUUGAAGUUUACUCUCCUCCUCCUGGUCUCAUCGAAUUGUUUGAGCACUUCCUCAUUGCUGAUUUUAAUUUCAGAUUGAAUGUUCAUAAGGGCAAGUCCUGUAAGCCUGUGGUCUGUCAUCGUGUUGCAUAAAUAAGUCUUUAGACACCUCAACGUGCUGAAAGACCGCUCUGCAGAGGCCGUGGACAAUGGCAUAGUUAGAAGGACUUUGAGUACACAAUGUAAAUUGGGGAAGAAUUCCGCCGUGCUCUUUAAAACCUGACAAAUGUCACCGCUGCUGGGUGCUGUAUCAUUAAAUUACCUCCACAGCUCCAGUUCAACAUCAGCGCCAUCCAGAUUGGGCAUCAGUGCCCCGUACUCAUUUUUUAUCCCUUGCCACACCGUGUCCGACAAUUCUGACAGUUUGUCCGGCAGCAAAUACUGGCCUUUUAGUUGUUGGAGUGCCAAGCAAACUCGGUCUCUCACUUCAGAUGCGAGGUAGUCGAUGAAUGGAAGGAACAGAUUCCAUUGCCAAUAGUCCUCUUGGGUUGUUUCUGGUGUGUUUGACCUCUUUGUCUGCAUUGAUACUAUGCCAGGGAAAAAAAAUAUAUUUUUUCUAGCCAAAAUAUAUUUUAAAUAUAUGCCAAAUAUAUGUUGUAACUGUGAAGCUCAAUAAAAUAUAUUUUUGAAAUCGAAAAUAUA